CAACGGUGUGCAAAUACUUCAGGAGCUUCAAGAGGUGGCGAGCUUGGGCUGUGCACUAUGGUCUAUGUCCGUUACCAGCUUCUGGUUCAGAUGUUGCCUUGUACCUGAGUGAUCUUGUUCGUGGGGAUACAUCCCCUUCCCCCAUUGUCUCUGCUGUUUAUGGUAUCUCUUGGGCGCAUAAGAAAGCUUUGCUUCCUGAUCCUUGUCAACACCCUCUAGUAUUGCAGGUUUGUGAUGCUAGUAAAAGGCUUCUGGGCCGUCCAGUUGUCAAAAAGGAAAUUCUCGAAGUCCGACAUGUCAAAUCCAUUGUGGAUAAGUUUGCUCAGUUAGGAGCUAGUCUUUCAGACCUCCAAGUUGCCGUGCUCAUUGUGGUAGGUUUUGCGGGUUUUCUUCGCUGGAGCGACCUUAGUGUCAUCAAAGUGGAGGAUGUGGUCUUCUAUGACUCACACAUGGAUGUUGUGUUGCCAAAGCGUAAGAAUGACCAGCGUAGAAGUGGUAGUGCUAUUAGUAUAGCAAGUACAGGGUCUGUAUAUUGUCCUGUCUCACUUACAAGGAGAUUUAUUUUACGUGCUGGUCUGCUAUCCGGACCACUUUUUCGCGAGUGUGUAUCUCGUGGGGUUGUUAAAUCUUUGUCGUCAAAGGCUCUUAGUUAUGCAUCAGCCAGGUCCCAGGUCCUUUCUGCCUUCACUGCUAUUGGUUUGGAUGCAAAGAAGUUUGGGCUUCAUAGCCUCAGAGCUGGAGGUGCUUCUGCGGCAGCCAGAGCUGGAAUUCCAGGGAGGCUGAUUUCCUCACAUGGGGGCUGGAAGUCAGAUGUCUCGCGCAAUGGAUACAUCAAGGAUUGCAAGGAUUCAAUUCUGGCAGUAUCAAAGUCCUUGAAGCUGUAGCCGUUUUUCUAUGCUUUCGCCUUGGUGUUUGUGGGCUUAGACCGCUCACCGCAUACCUUGUGUCUGUUUUAUGAACUAUGGGACGUAAGAGUACAAGGAAAUGUAUUUCUCUUGUAACGGUUACGAACGUAGUGAGUGUGAGUGGAGAGAGAAAUAAUUUCCUUAGGGACGGAGGACUGGACACUAGUGCACGUGCUUGUAUGCUAAUUAGGAUGUUGUUUAUAAGGUCAAGUUGAAAUUAAUUCAAUCAUUGUGGUCUAAGUUCCUUUUGCUUAGUUUGUGAGUUCAACAUGUCACGUUAUCACACUAGAAGCCGUUCUAGGCGCAACGAAACCGAUCGUCACCGAUCGAGCACAGCAAGUAGACACGAUGGUCGAAGGAGAUCUUCAAGAAGCAACGCUACUGUAAGCCGUGAUAUGCAUGAUGUGUUUAACGAAUUUCGCUCGGUCUUCGACCCAGAGCUGUCCGACGCCAUUUCUCUGCGAGCUCUAAGUGAUUUGGACGAGCAACACAACGAUCAGCAAAACGAUCAUCAGGAUGAACAUCGAUAUAACAACGAGGCGCCAGUUCGUGAUGUGCAGGACGUCGUCGAUCGUCGCGAGCAAGAAAUGCCAGCGUGGGCAAGAUCCCUCAUCAGUGAGCAAGCCAAGGCUCUUUCUGGUCUGAAAUCGGAGAUUCGUUCUCUUAAGAGGAAGCGUGGUGGCGAGAAUGACGGAGACUUCGAAUGGAAGAAGAAGGGGAACAAGAGACAAUUCGAGUUUAACCAGUCAGUUGAGGAGCAACUCGAAGGGAUCGCCGUUUCUGGAACCUUGUUGGAGGCCCGAACCAUCGCUGAAAAAGGUUUGUCUCUCAUUAACGAUCGUAAUAAACUUAUUAGGAUUGCUGACAAGCACGGAUGGGAUGCCGCUAAUAAUUAUGUCUGCGAUCCUCUUGCGAAAGAUGACGCGGAUGACAAGAAGAUUCGGAAGGCGGUGAAGGAGGCUGAGAGAUCUAGAGAAAAGUCGAAAAAAGAGAGGGAGGCUAAGUCCAGAAGAGUGUCGCGGGCGAGAGCGUAUGCUUUUCCCAGCUAUGGCUCCAGCGGUCGUUUUGGCCAAACCAUCCCCUCUGCUGUCGAGUCGCCAUCGAGGGUUGUCAUUGGCUCGAAUGACAAGAAACUGUCUCAACCUCGUUGCUUUAGGUGCAACAAAGCUGGCCAUUUUUCGCGUGAUUGCGUUAAUCCAGCCGACAAUUCCAAAUGACUAUAUGACUGUGGCACUG